AUGGAUGGCUGCUAUGGGGGAAGACCACACAAGACCUUAAGACUAGCAGAGAUUCCCGGCAGUACACCCGGCGUGACCAAAACCAUAAGUCUAGCUGAGGCCCAGAGCACUGGGUACACCCCGGACCCUCCUGGCAUCAUCUUCAUCCCCAAGAUCCACUACUGUCCCUACUGUGCCUUCACUACCACCAUCACCCUUAAGCUUACUGAACACCUGCGUAUCCAUGCGUUGAAAAAACCCUUCCCCUGCCCUCACUGUCCCUUCCAGGCCGUACAGGUGGAGAGUAUCCGGGCCCACAUCCGCACACACACUGGGGAGAAACCUUUUGCCUGUGCCCACUGCCCCUACCGCUCCACCCAAAAGGGGAACAUGAAGCGACACGUCCUCAAACACCACGCUAGUAAUUUUUAA